AUGCCGUGUGAUACCACCAUUUCCCCCGCCUACGACCCUUUGAGUCAGUACUCCUAUAGCUCCUCCGCCUCAUCAUCCUUGGCUUCAGCCUCAGUGUGGUCUGGCUCCGACACCGCAUCGCAGACCUCGGACGAUGCCUCCGUCUCCACCACUUCAUCCGACAACGACUCCUGGCAGUCCGUCUUCCUCUACCAGGCAUCCUCGACCGCCAACCAGGCGAUUCGUCGUCACCCUGAGGCUCUUAACCAGCAGCAGCAGUCUGCGCCCAUUCCUAUUCCUGCUGUCCCCGCUGAACUGCGUCAAAACCCUAGACGUACCGCAAGCUCCAGCGGCAGUUCGGGAUGUCACCCCCCCUCGCUAGUUCGGCAGUCGGAUCGCAAAGUCAACUUUGUCGACAGCCUCGUUGAUUCAUCGACUCAGAUUGUCGAAGCCAUCUGGCCGCUUUCUUCUGCUCCAUGCCGCCCGGAACCUGGCAACAGAACCGUGCUCCCGCUGAGGACAUUCAUCCAGGAGACUCUCCGGCGUUCGCGCACGAGCUACUCGACGCUGCAAGUCGCCCUGUACUACCUGGUCCUCAUCAAGCCCCACGUUUCCAAGCGUGGCUUUACUGCCGAGCAGUACGAGGACCGCUACUCUGACCGGGCUCUUCAGUGCGGUCGGCGCAUGUUCCUCGCGGCUCUGAUUCUUGCAUCCAAGUACCUUCAGGAUCGAAACUACUCCGCGCGUGCCUGGAGCAAGAUUUCUGGCCUCGGUGUUCAGGAGAUCAACCAAAACGAGGUGGCUUUCCUCCUUGCUGUCAACUGGAAGCUGCACAUUACAGACGAAGUCUUCCAGAGAUGGACUGAGAUCGUUCUGAAGCAUACACCUCCUCCUCCCCCGCCAUCGCCGGGUGCAUUCUCCCAAACUCUGGCUCAACAGACCUUGAAAUGGAAGCAGGCUAUUCUCAAGCUGAAUCCGGACUUGACCAACAUUGAGGGGCUCAUGCCUACGCCUCACUUGUCUGCUGCGCGAUCUAGUGAUCUCUGCGCGCUCUCGCCUCGUAGCAUCCUCAACCUUCCAGUCGAACAGCAGCAGCGACGAACUCCUUCGGUCCUGGCCGAGGAAGAAACUUGUGAUCCCAAGUUGACCACAAAGUACCUGCCUGCUAUGGAGCCAACUCCUGUGAUGGCCUAUUCAGCUACUCCUGGCAGAAUGGCCCCGACAUUGGGUCUUCUCCCGACGCCACGUCUCACUCCGCAAUCAAGCGGUAUGUGCACUCCUGCAGCGAGUGCUGCAUCCCAGCUCCUCGGAAGAAGCAGCGCAAUGGGUUUGGCUAUGGCUCAGGCUGGUGUCACCAGCGCCGCCGCCCAGCAUCUGGAACGCUUCCCCACGACGACCCUGUCUACUUCUCCUCAGAACUACUGCCCCGCUCGUCGAUCUUCGCUUGCCAACUCCAUCUCGACCAUGUCCUCUCCUGAAUCGAUGGUCUCGGAUUUGUCUCACACUUCUCGCUCGUCCUCCGUUUCGUCCGCCUCGUCUCUGGCUAGCGCGACCCUCAACAAUCCGUUGAUGGCUCAGUCGCGAUUCCGAUUGAUGAAGGCGAUGAAUGAGAGAGCAAGCCUGAAGACGACCAUCCACACCGUCUCGGAGAGCAGUGAAGAGUAUGGUUUUUCGUCCUCCCCCGAAUCGUAUACCGGCCCGGUUGCGAAGAUUGGCGGACUUCGGACGGAAACCUCCCUGUCAGCAAGAUACGAGCGCGAGCUGGAGCGCCAGUCGCGAGAAGCCGCUUCAGAUGCUGCACGCACUCUGCAAGAUCUACAUAACCAGAGCAUCCAUAGUGUUUACUACGCUUCUGAGGCGCCCAAGACCGGCACUAAACGUAGCAGAACCGCAUCGCUGGACCAGCCUCUCCAGGACCAUGUCCGCGAGAUGCUUGGCGCACCCUACGGAAGCACUACUCGCUUCCAGCAGCCUGCCCUCUCCACCUCUGGAGACACGAGGAAGAGACUCUGUUGCUCCACAGAAGCAGCAACCGGCUACCAAGUAGCAACGGGCAACCACAACUAUGGCCUCCGAGAGCCAAGCUUCUGGGAAAUCCUUAACUGA